AUGUUGCACUCAAAGUUGAGGCAAGCCUCUCGGAAAAGACGCCAGGUAGCUGUCAAUUACUUUCCGAAAGGGAACUGGAAUCUCACCCAGAAGCUACACAAAUCCAACUCUGAGCAGUUGCGGGAUGAGAUGCAGUUGAUGCUGCUGAUCUGUGUAUUGUCUGGAGGUGCUCCGAUUGCAGUCUUUCCACGAUUCCGAGGGAAAUUCUUCAAUGCAGUGCAACAUUUUUGGCUGAUCGCCUUAUAUGCCUGGCUCUGCUCAGCCGCCUACUGGGAACUGAUGCACAGUUCGAUAAAACUCAAUGAACUGGAGCAUAAAUUCUAUUGCAUCGAGGCCUUGACAUAUCUGAUCCAUGUGCCGUGCAUUAUGAUAUUAAGUAUGCGUUGGAAACACGGAAUUGCAGCAGUAAUUGAUAGAAUUGCACAAUUUGAUUUGACGAGUGGAUAUAUGGUGAAAAGUGGAAGCAUUAGUCGAAAUAUAUCAUACCAUCUAUUAGCGAUACUGAUCUUUACUGUCUGCUAUAUUCCCAUCGACUUUUGCUAUUGCCAAUAUCAAGUGUGGAAGACUUUUUUCGAUCUGAGCACAUAUCUUCUGCCCAACAUCUUGAGUGGAAUAUCUUUUAUACCCUAUUUUAUAUUGCUUCAAGGUAUUUGUAGGCGUCUUCAUUGCCUAACUGAAUCCUUGAAAGUAGAGCUUCGACGAGGAUUAUUUAUGCAACGUUCUGUAAUUCAGCAACUUCGAUUGCAACACUUGAAUUUAUUGCACUUUACAAAAGCAGUUAAUCAAACCUUUGGUGUAUCUGUAUUGUGUGUCAUUGUGAGUUCUUUUUUCAAUGUCAACACGAAUCUUUUUCUGGCUUAUAAGAAUAUGGAAAGCCCCAAUGUGGAAGACUGGGCUUGGUGGAUGGACAUUCUUUUGUGGCUUCUCAUACAUUUGUAUAGAAUGUAUAUUAUACUUUACUUCAAUCACGGAGUGCAGCAAGAGCAAGUCAACUGCUUAAACUUAUUGAUCAAAGUGCAAACUGACAGUGAAGCCCUUAUUGAAAGUGUUAAUCAUUUUACACUGCAAUUGCAAGCCAAUGUACGUGCGUAUGUUGCCUGUGGCCUAAUCGUAUUGGAUUAUAAGUUUAUUACGACACUGCUGAUGGCCAUCACAAAUGUAUUUAUAUUUUUGCUGCAAUACGAAAUUACGUAUCAAGCGCUGUCAACAGCAAACGAAACUAAGAUAUAA